CAUAGAGUUUACAGAAUUUAUUGCAAUAGCAACUCGCCGGUUUUUUUAUAAACAUGUCGGAAAGUGGUUGUGCAUGAAUUUGUGAAAACAUUUUAGCUUUAUAGAUUUGAGUUUCAUAAAUAUCUGCUUUUUAAUUUUAAGUCAUACUUAUUUAUACAUCAAACCAGAGUAAAUCAGUUAACAUUGUUUAGUUGCUGGGAAAGUAAAACGCUUUGCGCUUAUGCAGUACGGAUCAACAACUAACACGGACUUUUGAAUAACAUCUUUCACAGGAGUAGUAUAUAUUCUGGAUGCGUUUCUUUUUAAUACGUACCGAGAUCCUUCUAUUUAUUUGAAUUGGGUCAUUGGUGAGCAAAAAAAUUGUAAAUUAUCGGAUAACGCCAGCCCACAAGAUGGCCGACUGUUAUUCGUAAGAUAAUGUCUGGUGAGUCUGGUUCAUCAGGAAGUGGAACGGGUCGAGGCAGAGGUAGUGCAGUAACGGAUAAACCUGAUUCGAAAGAGAACAAACCAAACCCAAAAAUGUCAAAGGCACUUGGUACUUCAGCGAAGAGGAUUCAGAAGGAGUUGGCGGAAAUCACACUGGACCCACCGCCAAACUGUAGCGCUGGACCAAAAGGGGACAACUUAUACGAGUGGGUUUCAACCAUUUUAGGGCCACCUGGUUCAGUGUAUGAAGGUGGUGUGUUCUUCCUAGAUAUACAUUUCUCACCUGAAUAUCCCUUUAAACCACCUAAGGUGACAUUCAGGACUAGGAUAUACCACUGCAAUAUAAACAGUCAGGGAGUUAUAUGUUUGGAUAUUUUAAAGGACAACUGGUCGCCGGCUCUCACUAUAUCUAAAGUACUGCUCUCCAUUUGCUCAUUACUGACUGAUUGUAAUCCAGCGGACCCGCUGGUGGGCAGCAUCGCGACGCAGUACCUGCAGAACAGAGAGGAGCACGAUCGCAUCGCGCGCCUGUGGACCAAGCGCUACGCGACAUGAUUGCGUUGCCUAGCAACCGACCAUGCCACACUCAACCACACUCGGUCCAUCCUUACGCAAGCUUGUCUUUACCUACUGUAUGCAUGUCUCGACAUAUCUGUUGCACACCAUGGACGGAAUAUGGGUUUGGUUUAUUCCCCUUUAGUAUUACCUGUGUAAUUUAACUAUGUGUUUAUUGUACUUGGAUUUAAUGAGCGAACAAAUGUUUGGACAUCUAUGUAUCAUCUCAGUUAGAGCUUGGUUUAUAGAACCCCUCUUCCGCCCGUGAAUUUAGCUGUGAUUAGAUUAUAAUUUGAUCGUGUUAAGAGAUGGUUUGGGUCGGCUCAAAACGUAUAUGUCGAGAUGCAUUAUUGUAAGGCUUUAUGGUAUUUAGUUGCAAUUAAUGUGAAUAAACGCUUGGAUAUGUCCAUUUGUAUAAUUUAGGUGAUUUUAAAAUCUAUUGUAUUUGUUCUAUUGAAUUGAGUCUAUUUUUGCCGCAAUAUAGCGAUGAUCUCAAACGCAACUGCAAACGAUAACUACUUAAUAAUAAAUAAUUAAUAUGUAUUGGUUUACACUAUCUCAAUAUAUUUUCAGGGUUUAUUUAUGUGAUCAGUCAUAUGUAUGUGAUUUUUAAAUGUUGAUUUAAAUGUGUGAUUGUAUUAAAUUACAAAGUGAUAGGAGGAUAUGUGAAGAUUCUUAUAGCACAAGAAUUCAUAAAUUUACGUAUGUUGAGUGUAAACUCGAGAGGUACCAAUUCCUGGUGUUUGACUUUAAAAUUUCGUGCUAAUUUGCGGUUACGACGUUUUUUAUUUCAUUUAUAGGUAUUUAUAGGUUCAUAAUUGCUUUUCUAACUUGGCUGAAAAUGUCGUCUGUAAUUAGAAAAGAAAUUUAUGAACUUUUGACUCAUUUGAAGUGUUUAGAUUUCGCAAUUUCCUAUAGAUAUUAAAACAACAUUGCAACGCAUUAUAAAAGCGAUGAUGAAAUUAAACAUUACAAUUUGUGAAUACUUUUAUUUGGAUAUUUAUGAAAUCUAAAACACAUUGGGCAUAGUGUUAAAGGUCUCACAAAAUUAUUCAAUUCUACAUGUGGUCGUGUCUAUUUAUUUUUAUAAAAGAAACCAAUAGUUAUAUUUUUGGUCAGAGUGAACAUAUCAUAUUUUUCUUUUGAAAUGAUAUAAAUGUUAAACUGAUUCGCGGUAUUAGUGCCAAAUCUGUGCAGGCACUUCACUCCAUAGAUCACUGAUCAUUUUCAUGAAUAUUCCGUUUAGAAUGUAAACAGUUAUUAGUCGUAAGUUAUUUUAUUGUUUAGGUAAUGUAUAAUGUAUGUCUUAACCCUAGUUUUAAAGUAUAGUAAUUAGCUAUGUAAUUUUUAGCCAAGCGUAUGUCGCGACUAUGUGAAUGUUACGGAUAUAGCUAAAAGGAAUCGAUUUAACUUGUGAUCAUUUGACGUGUGUUUGGUGCUGUGAGUGUCAGAUCGCUUUCGACAUACGAUGGAUAUGAAUACCGAACCCGUAUUCGUGACUGGAAUAUAUUUUGUCAAUGUGAUUUUUUAAUUAUUUUUUAACUGUGACGUAAUGUGUUGCUUGCAAGACAACAGCUGUUAUCGACGCGACUGAUGUUCCUUGAAACUCGAUGUUGAUAAACUCUAAACUCUUAUAAUCAUCUUUUGUUAAAAUUUAUAUCAUGGUAUAAAAUAGGAAAAUAAAAAUGUGUGUAACUAGAACACUUAA